CGGUCUUGAUAUUAACUCUGUGCUUUUCUACAGAUACAGAAUGCCCUGAGAGGACAUAUCCUUGACAUGAUACUUCUAUAGAAAUACAUGAUCCAUCAAACGACAAGGAGCUUCUAGGACUAAUGGACCAACGCAUGAUUCAUACGAUGCUCGAGAUUAUUGUCUGCUGGGGGAUUUAUCCAUGUUUAUUGCCUGGAGUCGGUAUGCCUCUCCACUGCCGAGUUCGAUCCAACACUAUGCAAAAGGAGCUUUUCGCCACUGAAUCAGGGACAGGAAUCACAGCCAGCACUAACAAUAGCACCGAUACCUCUGAUGUCGCCGAGAAUCUUGUUACCCAGUAUAAACUUACAAACCUUUUAUGGUCCAUCAUCGAGCCUUUGGCGAAAAUUACCGUGGCAUACUCUCCAAAAGUGACACGAUUUACAACUUUAGGAAGUAUCCUGGCCAGUCGACAUGUACCUGAUUUGUAUGCGGCUUUAUUACAAUUGGCGUAUCACCCGCUCCCAAAGCCUAUUAGAGAAGCAGGGGUAGACCCACUAACACCAUCAGUGACGACCUCAAUUCAGACGAAGCGGACUCCGGCGAACCUGAUGUCUAGAACAGUAAAGCCGCUCUCUGCUGAGGCAGUAAACCUAUCAAAAGAUGCAGCAGACUCAAAAUGGCAAACGGAGGUAACUCAAGGUAGCGGACUUGGGAUCGAAAAAGCGCGCCAGCUUCAGCAAAAAGAGGAAAGCGCCAAAUUGUUUCAUGACUUGUUCUGGAGCACAGAGGCAGCUAAGUCCUUAGAAUCGCUGACUAUCCUUCUAUCCUCAUCAUCGCCAAAGCAUCUGACUCCCACAUGGCUUAAGGCUGUUAGUGGGCGAUUCUUAUCUCAAAUCCUACUUCGUCCUGGUGGUGUCCGAGUCGUACUGGAGUACAUGCAGGGCAGCUCGGAGAUUAUAAAGUUGGAUCAACUGGAGAGGAUCGCGCGGUUGGUAACUUGCGUUCCUGAUCAGAUGUCAUCGGUCCACGAAUACUAUCGCACCAUCUGCCCUGAGCUUCUUGAGAUAAUAGAGCUGGAUUUAAAACUAGACGAUCCAGACCAAACUAAUGAGGCAAAGAAACAGCAUAUUCUUCCAAGCCCGCAGUUGGUUCAAACUACGACAUUUGUUAUCAACAAGUUGAUGAUGAAAAACCCAGCCAUUUGUCAGGUGGAAAUUGUUGCAAAAGAAAUUGAACCACUAUGGAAAUGGGGUACUCAGGCUAACCAGAAAAUACCAGUCAUGUCAGACACCGCCUCCAUGCCAGUUGGUGAGGAAGGAGACGGCGAUGACCUUGAGUUGGACCCACUAGUAGCCUCCGAAUUCGAAAUUUCAAAAGCCACAAUGUUCUUGCACUCGCUCCUUGUCGGCAAUGAACCUUCACCUGCUCUUUUUCAAGCAUUUCUAGGGCAAGCUGCACAAAGUCUCUAUAGGCUGUAUGAAUUUCUGUCUCAAGUGCGAUCUGUUCUGCGUGAGAAGGUCCGGGAAUUAUUGAUAUCAUAUUUAAGGAUCUUAGACCCAAGAGAAACUGUUGAGGUCCUUAAAGCAAUUGUAAUGCGUAGGCGUAUGCCUGUGCCCCCGUCAAAGCCUUGGCAAGCUUUAGUGUCGUAUACUGGACGUAAGAUCGCAGACCUUGUCGAGAUGGGCACUAUUGGCGAGAGCUACUUUGCUCCUGGUCCAACUGGCGGUGCCGUUCUGCGUUGUAGGAGAACUCAAGGCCAUAGUGCCGCAACUCAGCUUGAGUUAGAUGUUGAUGUGUUUUUAGACUUUUUAAGUGAACUCGAGGCUGGGGAUCAUCAAGGAGACAUUUCAGGAGAUCUCUAUGUGUAUCUAUUAGACGAAUAUCAUGCAAGUAAGGCUCGUGGAACUAAUUCAGUAUCACCAAGGAGGAUGCUUACAAUGCUUCAGCUUAUCCUAAGUAUGACACAAAAGUUGGGCCCAAGCAUCAUGAGCAAAGUAACCCAGAUCAUUGGGCUGGCAAGCAAUAUUUUGGAGCAUCAAAUGGCCGAUCCAACUGAAUUGUCUGAUAGUGAAGAUGCCGAGACCAGUAUAGAAAUCGUGGGUCUGGUAUUGACCCUACUCUCUGCUAUCUUGACAGAGAAUGAACAUUUUUCAGAACAAGAUCGACAUCUUCUGUCGUUGAUACUGACUCAAUUGAAGAGGCUUUCUGACCAUCCUCUGAUUGAGAUCCGGAGAGUUGCACAUGAUUUGCGGACGUUGAUCCCUACUCGUCUGGAUAACAGCUUUAACAUGAAGGAUGCUCCGCAUAAGACAGAAAUGGAAAUUGAGAUGGAAAAAUAUGCCUCAGCACUAGCUGCGCUUCAAGAUAGCUUGCUCCCUGUUCGGGCUCAUGGACUUCAUAUCCUUCGUGAAAUGAUUCUUUCCAAAUCGAUCCUCCUUACACGUUCAUUUGGUGGAGAUGAAGCAGAAAGAGAAUUAGACCAUACUCUGGACAUUUUUGUCCAACACAUCCAGGAACCAGAUUCCUUCAUAUACUUGAACGCCGUCAAAUGUUUGGCAGCUUUGACAGACGCCCAUGGACCUGAAAUCUUGAAGAAGCUGAUGAAGAUCUAUUCAAAUGAGGAUGGCAGACAGACAUUAGAUACGAGGUUGAGGGUUGGGGAGGCCCUUGUACAAACGGUACAACGGUGUGGGGAUGCAUUAGGUGGUUAUUUGAAUGCACUUCUACCUGGCCUUUACAAAGUUAUGAACACUACAAUAGACAAGAGUGUUGUAGAGGCGAGGGAGCAAGAGAAAAAAAAAGCCAUAGAAAAGUUGAAAUUGCAGAAGGCAUCUGAGGCAUUGCUGACGCCAGAGGAACGGCAGCAAAAAUGGAGAACUGAACAAGAAAAUAGGAAAAUGCAAAAUAGCCAAGGAACCCAUGAGGACAAUGAUGAACAAAGUGAUCCGGUUGUGGAUGUAGCUUCACUUUUACGCUCAAGUGCCCUGACAAUUCUAGCUACAGCAGCAGAAACAUGUCCUACAGCAUUGCUACCUGAGAUGCGGUUUCUGAUUGACUGGGUACUCUCGAUUCUUGAUCUGGAUCGACAAGUAGAAGUUCGUAGAGGAGCAUCAUUAGUAAUGGUUUUGCUGGUUAGAGCACUAGGUACCCAUUCGCUUUAUAAGAUAGAGAGUGAUCAACUUAAACGCGCCUACAGGACGCUGCGAUAUGUUGAAGAAGUGGACGAAGAUGCGCUUUGUCGAGCACAGGCGCGUACAGGCAUCGCAGAUUUGGAUGCGAUUGUGAGGAUGGAAUUGAGUGGCGAAACAGACAGUUCGAGGAGCAGAACUCAAACGACAAGACUUGCAAGUCCGUUAUUGACUGAAAUCCGUUAUAAGUAAAAAAAUAGUGAUGUAAUAAACUGAAGCCCAGUUACAAAUUCCUG